AUGUUAGUUUUUUUCUAGUCUUGGGUAUAAAUAGGAAUUCAGAAGAUCUAAAAUAAAUAAGCAGGAAACGUAGCCAAAUAUAAAAAAGGAGUAAUUCAAUACAUCAAACUGAACAAAUAAUAAACAGAAGUGUAAAUAAAACUUAUGGUGAAACCUUAAUUAGACUUAAUUAAAGUAAUCUAAAGGUAGUUUUCCGAUUCCACUUUAGCCCAUUAAUCGAAAUAAUAAGGAGGUAAAGAAGUUUAUAUAAUUAGAAGCUAAGAAUAAUUAAGUGAAUUUUUCAAAUCAUAAGGUAAUGUAUUUAAUUGCUAUAAAGUAGCUAACAAGAAUUUGCUGA